GGUUCACUCUUAUUUCCACACCGAUACAACAACUCCUACAUGAUUGUUGCAAAACAGAACUUCAAAGAACGAUCUUUCGUGCAAAGCAUUGAGUACGUUCAACUCGAAGAAUGAAACAGGCGUUGCAACAAACAACAUUUAGGAACCUCCACAUGCGCGUGGUCUUAUUCUACCUACCGCGCCUAAGUGCGUCGACAGGUUUCCUUUGGCAUGUUCAAGAGCAGAAAAUGCCGCCGAGAGUGAGACACGGCUUCGGGAGAUGUGUAUGUCGCCGUAGUUGCCAUCCUACUCGAUUGGUCCGUCUCUUAUCAUGGCCACAAGGCCUUGUAACUCGACACUUAUUACUCUCGCGUCGACACAUUCUUCUGCAGGCUUUCUUCCCAGUCUGGGGGCAGUCGACGUCCUCGAAGCUCCUGCAAAGCUCCGUGGUACUGCAACUCGCACGCCUACUUGCUUGGACUUGCGAGUCUAGUAACCAUGUGGUUCAAGGGAGUCUACAGCGCAAGAGGUACAAUGCUCGUAAUCAGAGAACCAAGUCAUAGGAGGCGUGCACCGACGGGUUUUUGUUCUUAAUCAAGGAUUGAGAAUACCAGAGUCAUUUUCGAGAUGACAUCUAUGUUGCGAGUGAGGAUGGCCUUAUUUUACCACCACAAACAUAUUGGCUCUUGCCAUCGGGCAAUACAGUUUACGCCAAACGUCAACACGCACAGG